GUCCAGCCAUGGCAGGCCAACUUAAGCUUCACAUCGCCAUGUUCCCAUGGCUUGCCUUUGGUCACAUGAUGCCAUUCUUAGAACUCGCCAAACUCUUAGCUCAAAAGGGGCACAAAAUCUCCUUCAUCUCCACCUCUCGAAACAUUAAUCGCCUCCCAAAACUACCUCCGACCCUAUCUCCAUUCAUAAACUUCGUAAACCUCCCUCUCCCUCACGUAGAAUAUCUCCCGGAAAAUGCAGAGGCCACCACCGAUCUCCCUUACGACAAGGUCCCUUACUUAAAACUCGCCUAUGACCGCCUUCAGGGUCCCCUGACUGAGUUUCUAAAAACUUCCUCUCCGGAUUGGCUUCUUUACGACUUCGCUCCUUACUGGUUGCCGCCUUUGGCUCAAAACCUCGGCAUCCCCAACGCUUUCUUCAGCAUAUUCAUGGCUACCGCGUUGUCUGUUUUCAAUCCCACUUCUCCCUUACUUGCUGCUAACGUUGACGACCGUAAGACGCCGGCAGAUUUUACGGUUCCGCCCAAGUGGAUCCCGUUCUCUUCUCAAGUUGCAUUCCGGCUUUUUGAGAUUACUAAAGUCUUCGACAGCAUAAUAGGAGUGGAUUCAUCACACAUUCCGGAUAUAGCCCGAGUUGAUGGAGUGUUCAGAGGCUGCGAUGCUAUAUUUGUAAGAAGCUGCUGGGAAUUUGAGCGGGAAUAUUUACUUCUAGUGGAGGAACUUCACCGGAAACCUGUUGUUCCGGUUGGUUUGCUUCCGCCAAAAGAAUAUGAAUGUACCGGAGAUGAUGAUGACGAGUCGUGGAAGUCGAUGAAAAAGUGGCUAGACAAGCAGCAGAAGGGGUCUGUUGUGUACGUGGCGUUUGGGAGCGAGGCAAAACCGAGUCAAGAAGAACUCACCGAGAUCGCCCUCGGGUUAGAGCUCUCUGGAUUACCCUUCUUCUGGGUGCUGAGGACUCGACGAGGGUUAGCUGAUACGGAGUUGAUACAGUUACCAGAAGGGUUCGAGGAGCGAACCAAAGGUCGUGGUUGGGUGUGCACGAGUUGGGCGCCUCAACUCAGGAUUUUGCGUCAUGACUCGGUGGGUGGGUUCUUGACACAUUCAGGGUGGAGCUCUAUUGUGGAGGCGCUGAUGAACGAGAGAGCGCUUAUACUGCUGACGUUCUUGGCAGACCAAGGGUUGAACGCUAGACUUCUCGAGGAGAAGAAGAUGGGGUAUUCGAUUCCAAGGAACGAAAAUGAUGGGUCAUUCAGGAGAGAAGCGGUGGCAGAGUCACUGAGAUUGGUGAUAGUGGAGGAAGAAGGCAAGAUUUACAGAGACAAGGCUAAGGAGAUGAAGGGGUUGUUUGGAGACAGGGAUUUGCAAGACAGUUACGUGGAUAAUUUUCUCAUUUUCCUCAACACUCAUAAAAAAUGAUAAAACAAUUUAUUCUAAUUAAGAUUUAAAGAUUAUUUGGUAAUAUAAUUUGAAAUUUGUA